CUCUCCUGUUAAUGUGUAUAAACUGUUCCCAUUUAUUACCAUCAUUUUAGAUUAGAUUUUUUUUCUUCAUCACUUAGAAAAAUAAAAGAAAAAUCAACCAAAAAAACUCCCAUUGAUGAAAAGAAAAAGUGGUUCCAUUGAUGAAGAUAAAAUAGUUUUAUUUGAAUUCAAAAGUAAAAAUUCAUAUUCUUUUUGUGUAAACUGAAUGUUCAAUCAUCAUUCUCAACGAUUUCUAACUGAUAAAUGGUUCGGAACAAGUUAAUCAAUUGAUCUAAAUAAUCUUAAUAUCUAAAAUCAUCCAACAUAGUGAAUUAAUUUCCAUGUCCAAACCAAGAAAAAACCUCAUCGAUUUAAAUGAUUAGUUAAUGAUUAGAUUGAUCCAUCUCUCUCUCUCUCUUUCCAAAAGCAAACCCUUUGGAUCCCAGUCAUUAACCACUGGUUGAUAUGAACAUCAAGUUGAUUAAAGAUAAUUAUCAUCAAUUAAAUAUACCAAAGUCUUUAAUAUGUAUUCUAAUUCCAAUGUUAUCCGUAUUAACCCUAAUUCAACCGAUUAUCGGUUCACCAUCAACAGCCAAUUCCAACAAUUUACCUCUCAAACCACUAGAACCUUCAGCCUCUCCAUUAAUCCUUCCUGGGACAAACAAAAACACUCCUCUUGAUCCAUCAUCAACAAUUAACUCUAAAGAUCCUCCAUCAUCAUCAUCAUCACAAUCAGUGAAUCAUAUUUUUGAAUAUCAUUGCAGUCCUUGGAUAGAAGAUAAAAUUUGGAGGCGAAUUUAUCCCAGAUUAAGAUUAGACUGUGGAUUAUCAUCAUCAGCAUCAUCAUCUAGAACCGGAUGUGGAGGAGGAGGAAAAGGAAGAGGAAAAGAUGACCCAUCAUCUCAAUUAUCAGAUGAAGAAGAACAGGAUUCAAUGGAUUCAUCAAAAGUGAAACGAAAUCAGUUGACCGAUACUUCAUCUCGCAACCAUAAAAGUGAUACAAUUAUUUUAGAUGAAUCAAAGUUAUCAUCAUCUCCCUCACCUUCAUCAUCUUCAGCAACAUUAACAUCGAAUCAAUCAAACAAUAAUUAUAACAGUAAUAAUAAUAAACGUUCAUCCAUGUGGCCCACUCAUCCACUUCCUCGACGAAUGUCCGAGAAUUUAAGUCCAUCGGUUUGUAGUUACACUGGAAGCGCAACAAUUAACGAUUCAUUGGAUUGGAUGCAAGAUUAUCUGCACAUAAUGAGAAGCUUUAAUUACGCUGAGUGCCUUUUGUUUGACAAUUCAUCAAUUGAUUCCAUUUGUUCAUCUAAUCCUAAUCAGAGAAUUGAGAAGCUAAAAUCAUUUCAUUUCGCUCAUUGUGAUCGUUAUCCUUUGGUUAACGUUCUAUCGGACGAUGCUUGGGCUAAGGUCAUUUCGCCGUUCAAAAGAGACUCACUUUGUGUUGACGUUCUCAAGGAGCUUAAUCUUCUCGAUGCUUUCGCUAAACAAAUUUACUGCCAAUUCGAGCAAUUAUUGUCUCGAUAUAAAUGUGAAUCAUAUUCCAUUAAAGGAACUUGCUCAGCUUGUAAGAAAGCAUACAAAGAAUGGGUUUGCUCAAUGGUCCUGCCCUUUUACUUUGAUGGUAUUUACAUAAAACCGUGUCGAUCUUUUUGCGAAAAAGUGGAACAAAAGUGUCCUCAUUUUCACCCGGCGACUACUUAUGCUGGGGAACCCGUUUUCAUCUGUAUAGAUCCAAAGAUUCCUUAUUUCGAAAACUCAUCGAAUAUACCUUAUGGUUCACCUGGGGAAUGUUACGAGUCCUGCCACCUCGCCAAUGAAACUGACCUCUAUUCGGACAAAAGUGAUAAGUCAACGUGCCCAUCGUACGAAUCGCUUUUAUAUUCUGUACUCAAGAAAAGUUUAAAAGAGGAAAUGGAUGAUUGGAAAGAAAUAGAAAAUAACAAUAAUUAUUCUCAAGCAUCUUCAUCAUCAUCAUCAUCUCCAUCAGCAUCUUCCUUAACAAUCCAAUCCAAUGGAACCUUUAACGAAGAUGAAUCAAUUGAAUUAAUAGCUAAUAAUAAUAAGAGAAAAUUGAAACAAAAAGUAAACAACAAUGUUCAUGUCCGUCGAUCAUUCAGCUCAUUAUCCGAAUCUUCAUCCAGAUCACCAUCACCAUCACCACAACAAUUAACCUCCACUCCAGCCACAUCUUCAUCUUCUUAUGGUAUUCGACUUAGAGAUCAACCGAUUGAAACGAUUGACAGUGUAACCACCCACCCAGGGGCUAAUUUAGAUUCAAUUGGUUCACAUAAGAUUUUAAUCAAUGGUAUCGAUGGACAACAUGUACAGUCAAUGGCUCUUCCGUUAGAUGAUGAUGGUAGUGAAGAUGAAGGUGAAAGGGAUGACGAUUCCAUCUCAACAACAUCUUCAGCCUCAUCGACACUUCCAACCGUCUCUUCACCACCAACUCACUAUUCGGUUCAAUCUUCCCUUCCCAAUGCCGAUAUUAAUUUAACUCUAUCAACAAUUUACCAUUUCUCAUUGUUAUUUCUUCUAUUAGGUUUAGUAAGAUGACGACAAUUAACAUAAAUCAUCAUCUAAAUCGUAACAUUUACACAAUUUUAAACCAAAAAGAAACCAAAGUGACAAAGUUUUCAGAACAAUUAACUAAUCAUUUAACAAAAUCUUACAUUUCCCUUUCUCCUUUCAACAACCAAAUCAACAAUUUAUUAGUUGUUAUUAGCAACUCCAAGUUCUCAAUGUUAUUAAAUUACUAAACUAAUUGAAUAAUAAAAAGAUGCCUUUAUUCUUGUAAUCAAAUUGUCCCAACAAUUAAUUAAAUUUGCUAGAAGAAGAAAAAAAUUCCUACAAUCAACCGAUUGGAUUUUACUAUCUUGCAAUCAAAAUGUAA